AUGAAAAGAAUAAGUUUAUUAUCAAAACUACGCGUCUUAUUGACAAUUUGGCUUACUUUUCAAGCAUUAAAAACUCUUACUAUUCUUCAUAUGAUGGCUAGAAAGUAUGGUUAUAAUAGUAAAGGAGCAUUCAUAUUAAUGGUGCAGCAGCUAGCACCACCGAUACUCGUCAUAAAUGUGAUCACUUGGAUAGUAUUUUGGUUUGAUAAGAAACAAUCGGUUUUACAAAAUUGGCGAACAUCUGAACGUGAAUUACUUUGGUGGCUUUGGACUACUGGCGUAUUUGGUGGUUGGAUCAGUAUGUUUG